GUUAUUUUUAAUUUCGGUAUUCAUUUGAAGAAAAUGCUAUAAAAUCAUUCCAAGAAUCAUGCGAGCUCUUUCAUAGAAGGUUUUAUCUGACAUCCAGCUCGUGUACGGGUUUUUAAAUAUCAUUUCACUGUUUAUAAAUCGCAUGUGUUUACAUAUGUUUUAAUUAUUUUACUUCCUAUGGAUUAUAGAUAUCGUGUUUAAAUCAAGAUUUGUCUGUAAUUAUGACUGGACUAUUCAUAGACACUACCGCCGUACGAAAUGUCUCAGAGAAGAAUUAUCAUAUAAAUAAUUACAUUAUAUUCCGACAGUGCGCCUAAACGCGUACGCACAUUAUUCUGCAGAUUGGUGAAACAAUAUAGCUAAGCAGGAUUUUAUUGAAAUGAUUGGUAAAGGAUGAAUCAGUCAAAUUUGCCUCAAGACGAGAGUCGGAGGGUGAUGCUUGCUGAUGGACAUGGUGAUGACGAACCUCCUCAACCGAAUGACAGCAGCUAUGGCCAGAGCAACAGGCGAUCAACCGUUCGACGCUGGAUUCCUAAAAUAUUGAUCGGUACCGUUUUACUUGCGUUAGGUUUCGUUAUCGGAUAUUGCAUCAAUCAUCAAAUAAAACUCGAAGAAAACAGUAACCCUCUCCAGCUAAUAUCUAAAGAACAGGGUGCGAUAUUUCUCCGAGAUCAAAAUAGCCCUGAUCUCCUUGUGAACCCUAAGCAACCCUGUAAUGAUAGCCAUUACUGCGAGAAAUGUAGAGCGACUGUAAUUUCUUCUGAACAUCGGCCUAAACCUGAAGAUUCAGCCGCUAACACGUUAAUUAGUAGAGGUUUGCGAAUGCCAAUGAGACGAACAUGCGCAAAAAGUGAUUUCAUCAAAGAGCCCGAUUGUUUCCCAUGCAAUGGAAGUUGUAUUUCAUCGGAUGAACUGAGAAAGCUCGUGGGUGACCAUAUUAAAUGUAAUGACACCACUGUGGAAGUUACAUGCUGUCACCUGGUUCAAAUGGCCCCUGAUAAAUACUGCGGGAAGAACGGUGAUCUCAUUUGCAAAAACAACACAGAACCGCCUUUUUGCAACUGCAAAUGCAACUGGACAGGAGAGAUGUGUGACAAAAUGGAUGUCCAAAAGGUAAUGUGCAAUUGUUUCACUCUUGGGAAACCCAUUGCCUAUGCGGACAGUAUGAAGUCUUGCAACGAUGCUGGACGACCUGCAAACUGGACUGAGUGCAUUUUAGACGGAAAACGAGAAGAUACGGCAAUGAACUGUAUCUGCGCUCCUUUAAAUACAACAGAUAUAAGAUUUCAUCUUGAUGAAAAGAAAGAUCUACAGAAUUGCAGUUUUUCACAGUCUUAAAAAGGUAUUAAAGAACUUGACGUAUAUAUUAAGCGCUUAUAAACUAUUUGAUAAGUCUUUAUUUAUAUUCUGAUAACGACAAAAAUGUACUGUUAUGAUUUUAUUGUUGGUGCAUUCCAAAAGAUGAACUAGUUAUUCUGUAUUUAUUCUUUAUACCUAUCAUCUUUAAAACGUUAAAAAAAUGUUUAACAUUUACACGGAUAUCAUUAAGACAAUAUUGAGGAUAACUUGAUUACCAAUAGUAACUUAUUGUUUCUUUUUGUUGCCGGAUAUAUUGUGUUAUAAAACAUUCCUGAUGAUGUGAAACAGCGAAAUAAUUCCAUUUUAUUUGUGAUAUUAAAUCGGAUACUAAAUGAUUGCAGAUAAUCAGGAUAUUGCUGCUUGUUUCAUUUUUUUCUGGAUAAAAAAGAUCUUUGCCCAUUAUAUGUUUAAAUAAUAAGCUAUCAUUGGCUGAACAUAUUGUUGUAUAAUAUUUUGUUCUAUUACGUGAACAUUAUCCGGUUAUUAGGCAAAGGUUGAAAACAGUCUUUUUUGAAAUAUGAAAAAAAUUAUAUGACAUGAAGUAAAUUCUUAAUUAUUAAACGGGUAGAUGAUACAAUUGCAAGAGAAAAAAAUUGUCAAAAAACUUAAAUAAAAUUGACAUCGUUGUGUACAACACAUUGAAUCUUACUUACUGAUGUAUCACAUGGCUUACGACACAUGCAUCUUUCGCAGUUUCGGGGCAUGUUUCCAAUUUGAAAUUAAUUAUGGUUUCUACCACGUAAAUCCCAAUAAGUCUAAAAAUAGCGUCGGUAUAUGUAUUAUGUAUAUACCGACGCUAUUUUGACAAUUUCAUUUUCUUGCAAUAAUCUUUACUCAUAAACAGAUAUGAAUUAAACUGGGAAAUCAGAAUGUACUUUUUUAAACGGAGAAACACAGAUGCGACAGCAACAUGAUUGUUUCGUUCAUUAUUUUAACCACGUUAAGUAAUGUAUUAUCGGCCUCCUACAUUAGCUCGCAUUGACAAUACUGGGCUUGUUUUGAGGCUGUUCUUUGCUGGUUUUUAAACCAGCUGCUGUCUAUCACCUUUAAGAUUUGGCGGAGUUGUUGCAGCGAACGAGCCCUUUUAAAUUAUUAAGAUAUUAAUUCAGGUGAUCUAACUGACUUAGAAUACAACCUCAUUUCCUGACACAUUGUAAAUACUUAUUCCUAAAGAUUUUACAUCCUGUCAUCUAACUAUUUACUAAAUUCGAAAAUAAGUUUCACCAUUAAAAAGCCACCUGCUACAUUUUUUAUAACUAGAAAUAAUGCUAGUUAACAUUAAUGUGUUUAUACGGGCAGCAUGGAUGAUUUUGUGAUUUUUCGUUUGUUGGUUAAGUUAUGUUAUAUUGUUGUUGUUAAAAUUGUUGUAUGCAUUUUUUUUGUGGACCAAUGAAUUUAAUAUUACAUGUAUUCAAUUUCCCGCCUUUUUUAUACUCCACUGAACUCUUAGUCCUUAUCAUUUUUGAUAGCUGCCUUCUCAAAGAUUGCCAGGUCUCAAAUCUCAAUCGUUUGGGAAAAUGCCGAAAUUUCCAUUAGUUAGUAAAGCUUUAAGCCAUAAAACAUCAAUUCUUGUAUCACUGAUUUCAAGACAUUAAUACGCAAAAUUGGGUUUUUUAAAGAUAAAAAACCUGUCAAACGGUCAACCUGUCAGAGUGCAGCUUUAACUCAAGAACGAAUUGACUUAAGUACUUAAAUUAUCUAUAUAGCUAAGUAACUGUAGUUGACAAUCAUUUGUAGUUAUUGGAACCUACGUUUCGCCGGUCCAGUUGUUGUUGUAUUUCUUCGGAAAGAAAGUCACAUCCAUAUAUUAAACAUAUACAUAAAGCUUAUACAUCUUGUAAAUUGUCAAACUAAUUUAUUUCAUGUUUGUCUCAGAGUUCAUGUACAGUCGUUGCAAAAACAAUGCUUAUGUAUGAUCCAACCUUUUUUUUAAGUUCACUUACGUAAUCGUUUAACGACAGAAUUUAUUAUAACAAAUGAUGUAGGAAAUUGAACUGAAAUCAAAAUACAGUCGAACCCCGUUGGCUCGAACUCAAUGGGACCGGCGAAAAUACUUCGAGCCUCAGAAAAAUCGAGCCAUCGAUGACUUCGAGCCAAACGAUUUCGAGCCAACGGGGGUCGACUGUAAUUACUUUGUUUGGUUUUAUCUGCCUUUACUUCUUUAUGUACUCGUAGAAGAGGCUUGUUAUGUCACUCUUGGUAUAUCUGGUUCAUCGUUUCAAUGCAAUAUACAUACGAACACGAUCGACAGACAGCCCACAUCCACCGAACCGGAAAUUUUAUACUAUCAUAAAAUAACCAUGCAUUAUGCUGACUGUUAAAAUGACGCGCUUAUUCAAAAUCAAUACAUACGCAUGCAUAACAAACAUAACUAUUGACUGAUUUGCCUUUAACUACUUACUAACGAAUGCAUUUAUGGAAAAUAUUAAUUACUGAUAACAAGAUUGUAACCGUGUAUAAUAGCAGAAAGCGCAAAAAUAUUAAAUGAUUGGUGAAUGCUAAAAGAUAUACUGUGUUCUACUAUAAUCCCAUUAGGUAAAAUUACCGUCUUUUAUGCUCAUUUUUUUUCAAAUCAAACUCGGUACCCUCCACAAGAACCAUUGUUUUCGACAUUUAUUCCUCAUUUUUGGAGUGCAUUUUUAAAAUUAUUUUUGUAAUUAAAUAAAAGAUAUGCAUCAAAAUGAGUUCAAUUAAAUUUCAGGUAUUCGUAAGGUUGUAUCCAAGUUUGCAUUUUAUAUUUCACUUCUUUAUUUUAACGAGUGAUGUUUUUUGUUGUACCAUUCGGAACACGGCCAUUUUCCGGCGGUUUACAAUGUUAUAAAUCUUUAUAUUUAACUACGCUGCAAGUAUUGAUCGCGUUGUGAUUUCAGUUUAGCAGGUAAACAUAAUGACUUCACUCUAGAGAAUCUAAAUUAUUUAUACAAAUAAAUAAUUUUACGAGCUACUUCUACUUAUGUACCGCGUAAAUCCGGGGUUGUUUUCGAUGGCAAAUGGCCGAGGAGUUCCGAAUGCUUAUGUGAAUGCUAUUUCUGUGUAAACAUGCUAGUUCUGUGUUACAGCUUUUUUCCGAAAAACGUGUUUUGAAACACACCAGUGUCCAAUUUCUCGAAACUUAAGUCCCUUAUAUAAAUAACAUGAAUAAGCUAAGCUCGCCUUUUUGUUUUUCAAUAAUUUGCGUAAUAUUAACUUCUUUAAGAACUUUUCUACUUUAGAUAGGAAUUAAAGUUAUGAUUAUCACAAUAAACCAUUUUCCUUUCAUAAAAGCUUAAUUUAAGUAUGUAUUUUAGCUAAUUGAAAUAAGCUACUUAUGCCUGUUAAGUUUAAGAAGUUUCGAGAAAUGGUGGGCGAUUUGAAUGUGAGCACUUUAUACUUAAGUGACAUAUUCCUUUUGAAAUACAUUGCGUUUAUUUUCUAGUCUUUUAAACGUGCUUAUGGUGAACUUUGACCUAGGUGCAUAUUGCUCAUGUCCCGAGAUUAAUGAGUAGCUGUUAAGUGACACAGAAGAAUAAUUGCAACAAUAUUUAGCCCUAAUAACUGUGAGUCGAAUUAUAUGUGAUAUGUUUCAUUUAUGCAGUGGUUGAUUUUAACUUCAGUAUUGACCAUAAGUGGUCGGACACGUGCUGGAUAUUCAGGAAAUUUCAUCAGUGACCGAAAGGUGUCCGUUACAAUGUAAUUUUGAUCGGAUUAAAAACGUAGCUAUGUAUGUAUACUAGUGUGUGUUUUUUAUGUGUUUAAUGAAAUGGCUUUGUGCACUUGUACAAUGUAUAAAUUUCUGGUUGUGUACACCAAUAGUUCAUAUGUUGUUGUUUUUUAUACUGUUUUAUUUUCUACUGUUAACAUAUUGUAAAUAUAUAUAAAAAAUGCAAAUGA